AUGAAGACAACUCCCCGGCUGCAAAUGUCGGGGAAGGCACCCCUUGGUGGGAUUGGCCUCCGCCACAGUGCCAAGCGGGACCGGAAGUCCAUCACCCUGCAUGUGAAGUUAGAGGUGCUCCGGAGGUUUGAGGAAGGUGAGAAGCUGACUCAGAUUGCCCGGGCCCUGGGGCUGGCCACCUCUACCGUCGCUUCCAUCCGUGUCAACAAGGACAAGAUCCGGGCCAAUUCUCAGGCAGCCACCCCUGUCAGCGCCAUGCAGCUGACCCGCUGCCGGGGUGUGGUGAUGGGCCAUAUGGAACGCUUGCUGAGCCUAUGGAUUGAGGAGCAAAAGCGGCAGAACCUGCCCAUCAGCACACUGCUCAUCCAGGACAAGGCACGACGGCUCUUUGUGCAGCUGCAGCAUGAGCAGGGUAAUGGCACUCAGGCUGAGACCUUUGGGGCCAGUAAUGGCUGGUUUGCCCGAUUCAAGGCUCGCCACAAUGUGCUUUUGACAGAUGAGCCAUCUGUGGCUGACACCCAGGCUGCUGCCCACUAUCCCCCAGUGCUGCGCACCAUUCUGGAGGAGGGCUGCUACUCACCAUGCCAGGUCUUCAAUGUGGACGAGACGGGCCUGUUCUGGAAGCGGCUCCCGGAGCGCAUGCUGCUGGCCCUGGAAGGGGCAGCCGGGCCUGGCCUCAAGGCCUCCAAGGACCACCUGACUCUGCUGCUUGGUGGCAAUGCAGCUGGUGAUUUCAAACUGAAGCCGCUGCUGGUGUACCCCUCAGAGAACCCGCGUGCUCUCAAGGGCUGCUCCAAGGCCAGCCUUCCUGUGGUCUGGCGCUCUAACCGCAAUGACUGGCUGACACCCAGCAUCUUCCAGGAGUGGUUUACUGGCUGCUUCUGCCCUGCCGUGGAGAGCUACUGUGCCAGCCACGGCCUCCCACACCGAGCCCUGUUGCUCUUGGAUGGCGCGCCCUGCCACCCUGCUCAUCUGGGUGGCCUCUCAGCCCAUGUGCGAGUUGAGUUCCUGCCCAAGAACACAUCGGCCCUGAUCCAGCCUAUGAACCAGGGUGUCAUUGCCACAUUCAAGGCCCAUUACCUGCGCCGCACGCUCAGCCAGCUGGUCCAGGAGACAGCUGGGGAAGACCGGCCCUCUGUGCGGGAAUUCUGGCGCAGCUACACUGUUGUGACUGCUGUGGACAAUAUAGCCGAAGCCUGGGCAGAGCUGCAGCCUGCCACCAUGAAUAGUGCCUGGAGGAAGCUCUGGCCCGAGUGUGUCCCCUCUGGCACCCCCGAGCCUGACACCGUGCCUCAGCUCCGUCGCAGCAUUGUCGCACUAGCCAGCCAUGUGGGCCUUGGAGAUGCAGCUGAGGCCGAUGUCGCCAGCCUCCUGCAGGCCCAUGGGGAGCCCCCACCCCACAGCAGCCCCCAGGAUGCAGAAGAUGGGGACAUCAGCGGCUCUGGGUUGCCCUGGAAGGCAGGGAAAGUCUCGGUCUCCAGAAAACCAGAGCCAGAUUUCACAGAGGCUAUGGUGGGUGCGGGGACCGAGGAAGCUGAUGUGGGUGCUCUGAGCACCGAGCACCUGGCCCAGGCCCUGUCUCACUUUGCUGCUGGUUUACGGGUCCUCAUGGAGAAUGAUCCAAACCGGGAGCGCAGCCUACGGGUGUCCCGGGGUGUCCACUGUGCCCUUGCCCGCCUCCGGGAGCUGCACCGGGAAAGGAGGCGACAGGCCCGGGCAGCUGCAUCCUUAGGGGGCCCCAUGGCAGUGGCAACAAGGGCUUUGGCAGGAAACCUGCCCUUGCCCCAAGUGGGGCCCAUAGAGGGUGGGGAUGUGGCUAAGGGCACAGGUCAUGAAGGUCAGACCUCUGGCUGUCCUGUAUGAUUUGGGGCUUGGGCUUGACCUCACAUGAUCUCUCUCUAAUGAUGUUUUGUUUCUGGAGGUCAGAUACUGCUACUUCUCCCCUAGAGUUCUCCUAUCUCAUGCUCUAUGGUCUUUGUAUAGUGACACACAGCUCAGGCUUGGGGAACAGAAGGGUAGUGUUCUCUGACUGGCAGAUGAACUGCAGGGCCCAGGAGUGCCCACCCAUGACAGGGACACAUCCUGUAGUAUGGUAGUUGCCCAGCACAGCCUUCCAGGGCAGCUUUUCUUGUGGUGAGGGGCCAGCACUGAGACCCACCUCUCCCAUUUUCCAAACCUGACCUCUUACGCCCUGCACCAUUGUGACCCUUCCUUGCCAACUUUAGAUGAGGGUUUCCUGCUCUCGGCAUGUCCUUUGUCACUCUCCAUGCCAUCCUCACCUCUUCCCGCUUCCAUGGCCUCUGUUGAUCCGGGUCUCUGUUACCUUUCCUGUGCCUGAGCACUUUGAUUCACUGUGGAUUUUGAUACCAGGGUUCAUUUCCUUCAUUUGGAGAUGUUUUCUUCCCUGAGUUUCUGUGCUAUCGUUGUCUUGGCUUCCCUCUAGCCUUUGAGGUUGAGCCUUUUGUGGCUGUGAUGGUCUCCCAGUUCUGGUGCUCUUUGGAAAAUACCAUCCACUCCUAAGAGCUAUGAUCACCUCAGGGUUAACUCCCAGUGCAUUGGCUACAGCCCAGCCUCUCCCUGAGUUAGACCCAAAGCUCUGAUUCUGGUGGACACCCCCACACCCCAGUCUUAUUAUCUCCCCUAAUUCCAGUUUGUUUUCCUGUCCCCCAAACUGUAACAACAGGCAUCAGGGGGUGUCCACCUGACUGCAGAAACACCUCUUGGGUCACCAAAACACAGAUAGUCAGCAAGGGAAGGUGUUCUUGUGCUCCAGCUGGAUGAGCCACAGGUGGUGGGACAGGGAUGUGCGUGCACACACACACAAACAGACACGCAUGCCAAGAAAUAAAGGUGGGAGGAAGGAUGCGUGCUACUUCC